GUGCUGGUUGAUGACUCGCAGGUGAGCGGAGGAGUAAAGAGCGCGAGGAGCCCCGGGCCCCGCUCGGCCCCAUGAUCGAGGAGUACCACCACGGCGCCAAAGAGUUCCCGCCCCUUAAGUCUCUGCCGGGCCUUCGCUUCAGGAGGAGAGCCGACCCCCGAGAGUCCAGUGAGCGGGAGUGGACGUCUCCGCUGACGGAGCGCCAGCGCGAGGAGCAGAAGAGCGGCUAUGACGCUCCGCGGAGAUUCGGCCCACCUGCCGACUCCAGACUCGCCGACCCGCGGAGGCCGGAGGGGGCCCCGCCCGCCGGGGCCACGGUGCUCAGGAACUGUCCCAGCCCGGCGGGUGUGGAGGCGCCGCGGUUCGAGCGUGAGCGUCUGUCGCCGCUGCACCAGAAGGACUCAGCAGAAAUGAGCCCGGUCCCCCGCUUCGAGAGCCCCAACAGUGAACACUCUGAUGAUGGGCCCCUGGAGGCCCCGCCUCUUCCCCCUCCUCCCAAAUCCAUCCUGAAAGUGCCAGGCCGCUCGGGGCCCCUGUCCUCUGUCCGCCAGCACAGUGACUCCCCAGGACACACGCCACCUCACGACGGGGGGCACCCGCCCGCACGCUACGAGGGGCCUGGCCACAUGGGCCCCUCCAGACCGCACGCUCCAGGGUGGUACGAGGGCAGUGGCCCUGUGCGCUACGAGGACUCAUCACGAUUUGAGGCGCCGCACCACGCAGGCCCCAGCAGGUUCGACGGGGGGCCGCCUCAUCACAACCUGCCAGAGCGAUUUGAGGGGCCCCACAUGUCUCUCGGUCCGGUCAGAGGCGGGGACAGCAUCAGCCGCCUUGACGGGCCCCCUCACCCUCAGGGCCCAGGGAGGUUUGAUGGACCCAUCAGUCAGCAGCCCCCGGUUAGGUUUGAGGGCCCAAUUCAGCGCUUCGAGGGCCCGCUACGCUUUGACAACAACAUGGCCCUGGGCCCUGGAGCUGGACCAAUUGGCUUCCAGCAGCCGCGGCCCCUGCGCUUCGACGGCCCUCCAAACCAGAUGGGCCCCAUGAGGUUUGAGAACCCCAGUCAUAUGCGCUUCGAUGGGCCCGUUCAGCCGGGGCCCAGGUUUGACUUACCCAACGUAGCCCACCAAGGCGGGCCCCCACUGUAUGAGGGGCCCCUGAGGUUCCCCCAACACAACCUGCAGCCCCCUAUGAGACCCCUGGCCCCACCCAUCUAUGACAGUCCCCUGGGCCCCCAGCAGAACUUCAACAUGGGCCCCCAGCGCUUCCCGGAGCCCCUGAACCCUCAGUUCCAGACGGGUCCGAUGGCGUUCCCGGCGGGGCCCAACCUGCAGCCAGGGGGAAGCUUCAACAUGCAGCCGGGGCCGCCCUUCAGCCAGCCGGGCCCCGGGCCCUUCUACAACCCCGCGGCCCCCGCCGUCAGCAUGCCGCAGCCGGUGAACCUGUUGGGGAACCCGUCGCAGCCGUUCCUGCCUCAGAGCUCGGCGCCGUUCACUCAGACUCCGCAGGUCGUCCCCACAGAGAAUCACUUCGGUCAGGUCGACGUUAACGACCUGCUGACCAAACUCAUCUCCACCGGCAUCAUCAAACCCUCGCAGCCCGACGCCGCGCCGGCCCCCGGCUCCGAGUCGGCCUCGGUGGCCUCGGCGGCUCCUCCUGCGGUCGAGGAGGAGGAAGAGGAGGCCGAGGAGGCGGAGGAGGACGAGGACGUUGACGUCCCGGACCUCACCAGCUUCUCCCUCGACGACAUGAAACUGCGUUACGAGAGCGUGGUCACGAAGCUGUACUCGGGGAAUCAGUGCUGCCUGUGCAGCAUGAGGUUCACCGCCGCUCAGACCGACAUGUACGCCGACCACCUGGACUGGCACUUCAGACAGAACCACGCCGGCAAGGUCGCCAGCAAGAAGAUCACACACCGCCGCUGGUACUACACACUCAGGGACUGGAUCGAGUUCGAGGAGAUCGCCGACCUGGAGGAGCGAGCGAAGAGUCAGUUCUUUGAGAAGGAGAACGAGGAGGAGGUGCAGAAGAGUCAGGCGGCCGCCAAGGAGAAGGAGUUUCAGAGCGUCAAGGCCACCAAGGACCAAGUGGGGGAG